AUGUCCCGGUUCUCCCACAAUAAGAUGGAAGAGACCGUGAUGGACACCCGGGUGGCCACAGCUGAACUGGGCUGGACAGCGUAUCCGAAUUCCGGGUGGGAGGAGGUGAGUGGCUACGACGAGAACCUCAACACCAUCAGGACCUACCAGGUGUGUAACGUCUUCGACCCCAGUCAAAACAACUGGCUCCUAACCACCUUCAUCGAUCGGCGCGGAGCCCAGCGCAUCUAUGUGGAAAUUCGAUUCACCGUGCGGGACUGCAGCUCCAUCCCCAAUGUCCCCGGCUCCUGCAAGGAGACAUUCAAUCUCUACUACUACGAGACAGACGCCGUCAUCGCCACCAAGGGCACCGCCUUCUGGAUGGAAGCGCCGUACCUCAAGGUGGACACGAUCGCCGCCGACGAAAGCUUCUCGCAGGUGGAUUUUGGCGGGCGCCUGAUGAAAGUCAACACGGAGGUGCGGAGCUUCGGCCCGCUGUCUAAGAACGGCUUCUACCUGGCGUUCCAGGACUACGGGGCGUGCAUGUCCCUGCUGUCGGUCCGGGUCUUUUACAAGAAGUGCCCGAGUGUGGUCCAGAACUUUGCGAUCUUUCCAGAGACGAUGACGGGGGCCGAAAGCACCUCCCUGGUCAUCGCGAGAGGGAUCUGCAUCCCCAACUCAGAGGAAGUAGAUGUUCCCAUAAAGCUCUACUGCAACGGAGACGGAGAGUGGAUGGUUCCUAUCGGCAGCUGCACAUGCAAGGCGGGAUUUGAACCUGACAAUGGCAACGUGUGUCGAGCCUGCCCGCCGGGGACCUUCAAGUCAGCCCAGGGUCCUGGUCUGUGUCUCCAGUGUCCCUCUAACAGCCGCUCAUCAUCUGAGGCGGCCACCAUCUGUGUGUGCCGCAACGGCUACUACCGCGGGGAUGCUGACCAGCCGGAUGAACCCUGCACAAGUGUCCCAUCCAGCCCGAGGAACGUCAUCUCCAUUGUGAAUGAAACCUCUGUGAUCCUGGAGUGGCAUAGCCCCCGGGAGACGGGCGGCCGCGGCGACGUGGUCUACAACAUAGUGUGCAAGAAGUGCCGGGCCGAUCGGCGCUCCUGCUCCCACUGCGACGACAACGUGGACUUUGUCCCGCGGCAGCUGGGUCUGACCGAGACCAGGGUGUUCAUAAGCAACCUGUGGGCUCACACGCUCUACAGCUUCGAGAUACAGGCUGUCAACGGAGUUAGUAAUAAGAGCCCGUAUCCCGCCCAGCAUGUCUCCAUCGACAUCUCCACCAAUCAGGCCGCUCCCUCCAUAGUUCCGAUCAUGCACCAGAUCAGCUCCACCAUGAACAGCUUCACGCUGUCCUGGCCCCAGCCUGAGCAGCCCAACGGCAUCAUUCUGGACUAUGAACUGCGCUACUACGAGAAGGACCAUGCAGAGAUUAACUCCACCAUCCUGCGGAGCCAAACUAACACCGCACGUGUGGAGGGCCUGAGGCCGGGGACGGUCUACGUGGUGCAGGUGCGGGCACGGACUGUAGCCGGCUUUGGCAAAUACAGCAGCAAGAUGUGCUUCCAAACCCUCACAGAUGACGACUUCAAGUCGGAGCUGAGGGAACAGCUUCCUCUGAUUGCGGGGUCGGCUGCGGCAGGAGUCGUCUUCAUCGUUUCCCUUGUGGCCAUCUCCAUCGUGUGCAGCAGGAAAAGGGCGUACACCAAGGAGGCGGUGUACAGUGACAAGCUGCAACAUUACAGCACAGGAAGAGAACUCUCUUUGCGAGCCGACAUGUCUAACUGCCCCUCCCCACUGGGCUGCCCGACCCACUUCUCAGGCUCUCCGGGGAUGAAGAUCUACAUCGACCCCUUUACCUACGAAGACCCCAACGAAGCCGUGAGGGAAUUUGCUAAGGAGAUUGACGUCUCAACUGUCAAGAUCGAGGAAGUCAUUGGUGCAGGUGAGUUCGGCGAGGUGUACAAGGGCCGUUUGAAGCUGCCGGGUAAAAGGGAAAUCUAUGUCGCCAUCAAGACCCUGAAGGCAGCCUACGUCGAUAAGCAGAGACGGGACUUCCUGUCCGAGGCGUCAAUCAUGGGCCAGUUCGACCACCCCAACAUUAUCCGUCUGGAGGGUGUCGUCACAAAGAGCCGUCCUGUCAUGAUUGUCACAGAGUUUAUGGAGAAUGGCGCUCUCGACUCGUUCCUCAGGCAAAAUGAUGGUCAGUUUACCGUGAUCCAGUUGGUGGGAAUGAUGCGUGGGAUCUCAGCAGGGAUGAAGUACCUCUCAGAAAUUAACUACGUCCAUCGCGACCUGGCAGCACGAAACAUUUUGGUCAACAGCAACCUGGUGUGUAAAGUCUCCGACUUUGGCCUGUCACGCUACCUACAGGAUGACACGUCUGAUCCCAGCUAUACCAGCUCUCUGGGCGGGAAGAUCCCAGUGAGGUGGACAGCGCCGGAGGCCAUUGCUUACAGGAAGUUCACCUCAGCCAGUGACGUGUGGAGCUACGGCAUCGUCAUGUGGGAAGUGAUGUCGUUUGGAGAGAGGCCUUACUGGGACAUGUCCAACCAAGAUGUGAUUAAUGCCAUCGAGCAGGACUACCGCCUGCCACCGCCCAUGGACUGCCCCAGCGCCCUGCACCAGCUGAUGCUGGACUGCUGGCAGAAGGACCGCAACGUGCGACCCCGCUUCACCGACAUCGUCAGCACCCUGGACAAGAUGAUCCGUAACCCCACCAGCCUCAAAGCCGUGGCCAACAUCCCUGCAGUGCCUUCUCAGCCACUGUUGGACAGAUCCAUACCUGACUUCAACACCUUUAGCUCAGUCGAGGACUGGCUCACCGCCAUAAAGAUGAGCCAGUACAGAGACAACUUCCUCAACUCAGGCUUUACCUCCCUGCAGCUGGUGGCUCAAAUGACCUCAGAGGAUCUGCUGAGAAUAGGAGUGACCCUGGCCGGCCACCAGAAGAAGAUCCUCAGUAAUAUCCAGUCCAUGAGGGUUCAAAUGAGCCAGGCGCCCAUCACCAUGGCAUGA